AUGUGGCAUUUGGCUGAUCUCCAGCGCAUGGGAAAGGGUGAGUCAUCCUUUCCGGGACUGUUUCGUGACUGGCCAUUCAACGAACUCGAAGCGAGAGGAGGCGGAGUAUGGACGGAAAGGGGUGGCUUGGUGGAUGGUUUUCAAGAGCGCUUCCUGCGGUGGUGUGCAAGGUGGUGGGUGGGUUCAGAACGGAAAGGGAGCAGGUGUGUUGGGUGCGUCACUUGGGAUUAUUUCCUAAACCUUGGUCCAGGCAGCGAACCUCGAAGAAUGCCAAGCAAGAGGCUCCGUGGGCAGGCGCAUAGAUUGGAUAUCAAUGGCUUCGACAGUGAUAUUGUUGAGAUGGCGCAAUCGCCAUCAACCAAGUCCAUUCUGUAA